GUAUCAUAACAGUUACGACUAUGCCAAUCACCCAGCAGAUCAAUUUAACCAGGCUAACCUGGAUCGUUCUCACCACGUUCAACAAUACGCUGAUUACACUCCAGUAGACCCUCAAGCGGAUAGUUCUUUUCAUCCCGGUGUCUCAUCUGCCUAUUAUUCAGAACCUCCUACAAAUGUGAAUGAGCAGCGUAUGGCCAGUAAUGCUAUUGCCAGUAGUUUGGAUCAAUGCAAUGUUGAAGAUCCAGGUAAUACGUCGGCUACAACUGUAGGGGUUUCUGAAUCCCCGAUGAACCAGAAGGAACCUAUAAAACAAGAGGAUCUAUCAAAAUCUUCAGUGAACCGCACAGGUGGAUCUCCAAAAGCUGGUGGUUCAUUGGCUCCGAGGGGAAGCUUGAAGACAGCUGUUCGGUCCACGGUCCACGAUCGGUCUAAAAUUGCAGCUAAAAAGCAACAAAGGCGCUCAAACAAUCCAUCAACCAUGGAGACAACUAAAGCUUCAGAAACUUCAGCGGUAGCAGCCACAUCGACUGAUCAAGUCGAUCCGUUCACACAGUGGUAUCAAAUGAUGUCACAGUACUACAGUCAGUUCUAUCCUGGUUAUCAGCUACCUCAACCUCCUGGUAUGUCCACAAAAAUAGUUUCGGAUGAACCGAAGAUGACUGCAAAACCUGAUCGCGCUGUCAAACCCACUUCCGCACAUAUGAAGCAAUCUGGCUACUUGCCUGCGCAAUUGAGCUAUUCAGCUCGUCCAGGUGCGUUGGCUACCACGACUACGGGUGCUCCAGGCAAUUUCGAUUAUGCAGCUUAUUACUAUCAGUAUUACUAUGAAGCUGCUGCUGCUGCGGCUGCUGCUCAAAUGUGGACCGGUGGCCAGUUCUAUCCAGGUUAUGAUCCAUCUGGAAGACAAACUCCGAAGUUGUUUCCUACUCCACACGUUCGUGGUGGUCUUAACACGCCGGGUAUUCUGUUACAAAUAUUGCCCAACCGACCAUCUGACGGUGAGCUGGCGCGAAUUGAACUGUUGGACAUGUCCGUGUUGGCCAAUGAUGCAGUCGCUGAAGCCACUAAAAGAGCUGCUGAAUCAGGCAACUACAUGGGCAGUUUGGCUCGGUUAGCCGAACUCCGUCUAAAUCGCGACCCAGACGAAGUGAGAGAUGCAUUUAGUAGUGGCGCGUCUGGACUGGAGUCUCCCGGACGUCUGUCCAGCCUACAAGCCGGUGCUGGGGGUGAUGAUGACGGAGAGGAAGUGCGCGCUUGUGCUGCGAUCGCACUGGCUUGGGAUCGUACCGACCACGUAUUCUACCCAGGUCCACUCAGUCGUACCGGAACUCUCAAAGCAGAUGUGUUGGUGUUUCUGCGUGACAAACUGGCUGAGAUUCAAGACCGGCUACCCACGGACUGGGAAUCUGCUGGAUUAUUGAUAUCAUUUCUGGAAUUCAUGGUGAAGAACAAUGGCGUAAGUGUUUUUCCAUUUUUUUGUUCAUCCUAA